AGCCUCAAUACAACACAAUACAAUGCAAUACAUUCCUACAAUCGACAUCAUCACUAUCAUCAUGAUCGUUCGAUUUGUCCUUAUUAUCAUUUCCAUCUAUACCUGUCAGUGCAAUUAAAUUCGGAUACUAAUUUUAACGUGCAUUCUGUUCCCCCAACUGACUUCAUCCAAGUGACUGCACUGGAUAUCUAUCAGUUGGUCUUGCGGAUAGCCCGGCGUUUUGCACAAUGGCUCACAGAUGAAGCUGUCAUCGAGACCUUACAAUGUACCACAACACACCUGCAUUUGGAGAACCGUGUAGAUGCUGCCCUGAAAAUGCAGAACAUCAUCAGCACCGCCGGAACACUACCUCGACUAGGAUACGAACUUGAGAACGAUAUCCGAUUCAUAGGUUUGUUCGUUAUUUUUCCAGUCACCAGAAGUGAAUAG